UUCUCUCUUAUCUACCUUAUGAUUAACACAUUCAUGAGUUUUUGAGCUUCUGAAUCUCAACUACCAUCUUGCAGUCAUGUCUUGCUUGAGAGUUAAGGUUUUCCCAGUCAAAAGAGUUUGGAAGAGUUUAACCAACAAAUUCCACAAGCUCCGGAGAUCCAAAACCAAACUCCAAACCCGGUACGGUGCAUCAGCUUCAGUUAGCCAACCGCUGUUCAGGAAGAAUCUUGGAGACAGAGACUCGAGUGUUUUAUUCCUUAUCCGGCUAAAGAGAGGUUGCUUGUUCAAGAAGAAAGGAAAACAUGUUGUAUACGUCCAUAAACUCUUCAGAGAACCAAUCUGGAUUCCAGCAAAACAGUGGAAACCGGAGAAAGAAUUGGUACCAGAGAAGGGAAUAGACGAGAGAGCCCAAGAGUUCAUCAACAGAAUGAAAGCAGAGAUGAUCGCUGCUGCACGCAACUCAUAAGCAGACUUGAUAACUAGUAGUAGUUACUUUCUUCUUGUGUAUAGAACAGGGGCCAACUUCAACCAUUCUGUUUU